CGCAUCCCAAGAUACUGGUAAACACACUGCUUCAACAGCUAUGGCUUGAGCACUUUCUGCCCCAACUUUCAGAACCCCAUUUCGCCUCCUCACAUAGGCAGCAUAUUUCAUAGUUCAGCCAUCUUACCCCUGCUCCAGGCCUCCGCAGCCACCAUGGACGACGUCAGCCCUUUCGCGGAGAUCCUGGGCCAGGUCAUCUAUCAGUUUACCCUCAUCAAGCCUCUUCUCCCAACCUACGGCCACCUCCUCCUCUCCGCGAUUUUUCCUAUCUAUAUCGGCGCGCAUGCAUCCUUAGCGAAACCGCCGUCGGCCACAAAAACCCCCAAGAAGAAAGACUCUGAGUACGAAUCGGAUGACGAUGAGUCGGAGGAGGAAAACAAAAGCAAUGGCCACAAGAUGGAGGGUCUGGCACCAAGCGACGCCUUGAUGUUCCCUUUAACAGCCGGACUCACACUCGGAGGACUGUAUCUGUUCAUCAAGUACAAAGGGGCUGAGACGCUGAACAAGAUCCUGGGCUACUACUUCUCGCAGAUGGGGCUCUUCUUCGCUAUAGCGUUCCUGAAAGACUUUCUCUCUGUCGUCAGAUCCUUCCUCUUUCCAAAGAGAUACAGCUCCGCUGGCCGAACCUGGAAACAGAAACCCUUCGAGAAGUCUUUCAUCGCCGCCAAAAUCGAAUCAAACAACCCUCAGUCGGCAGACAUUCGGCGUUCUCCCCUCCCCGGCGUCUUCAGUCGAAUCCCGCUGCCUGGUGCUGUACGUACUGCGAUCUGGAAACUUCGCAGCACGUUAUACUGGCGAGCUAAGCUUCGCGUUCAUGUGCACCGACUCGUGCGUGGCGAAAUCUGGCUGGAUAUGCUGGAUCUCCUCAGUACCCUCCUGGCGUUGCCCGCGAUCGGCUACUUCACCUUCGUCACCAAGCCAUGGUGGCUGACCAACUUCUUGGGCUUCAGCUUCUGCUACGGUACCUUGCAGUUCAUGUCUCUGUCGACCUUCGUGACCGGAUCGCUCAUCCUGGGAUCCCUGUUCUUCUACGAUAUCUACUUCGUCUACUUCACCCCGCUCAUGGUGACAGUCGCCAAGAAACUCGAUGUGCCCAUCAAGCUUCUUUUCCCGCGGCCUCCGGUCUCUGGCGAAGCUCCCGACACUGUGUCGCUGGCUAUGUUGGGCUUGGGCGAUAUUAUCAUCCCGGGUAUGAUGGUGGGGCUGGCCCUGCGCUUUGACCUCUACCUCUACUACAAGCGGAAGGGCUUGCAGAAGGCUCGGGCGGAGGGCAACGGAGUGGGAUUCAUUAAGCCCAUAUAUCAAUCCGCCACUGGAGGCUGGGGAGAGCGCUUCUGGACGCGGUCCGUGGCACCGAAGGAGCCUGAAUUGCUACCCCCAUACCACGAUGCUCGGUCUUUCCCCAAGACGUACUUCAAGGCCAGUGUUGUCGGAUACUUAGUGGGGAUGAUUGCGACGCUGGUGGUGAUGCAGAUCUUUGAUCAUCCUCAGCCCGCUCUCUUGUACCUUGUCCCCGGGGUCCUGAUCUCUUUGUGGGGCACUGCCUUGAUUAGAAACGAGAUCGGCGAGAUGUGGGAGUUCAGCGAGGAGGACGGGGAUGAUGAGGAGAGUGAUGAGAAAUCAGAGGGCAAGAAGGAGCAUCCCGAACACCAAGAAAAUCUGGGCUUCUUUUCUCGCAUUCUCUCCUAUUGCAAGAACUCCGACAGCGGCCGUGCUGAGACGUCCGAAGAAAAGGACAAGAAGGCGGAAGGUGAUGAUGCUGAUGAUGACGAUGAUAAAGACCCCAACACAUCCAGUGACAAAGGAGAGGAGGCCAAAGACUUCGAAUUGUUUACAGUCUCCCUCUUCUAUCCCAACAAGGCGAAGAAAGCUCUCAAAUCAAAGAGUCCCGAGCUCAGCAGUAAGUCGAGUGCAGCAGACGAAGAGAAUUGGUCGGUUGUGGGCGCAGAGGGUGACAGUGAGCCUCCGACCAAGCGUCGUCGGCGAAGUCCUCGCCAUGCAGGCGCAACCAGUCCUUGAAAGAGAUUGUUGAAUUAGAUGCAUUGUUGGAGUUGCGCACUCGUGACGUUUUAGGUUGCUGGUGCUUGUUGACUUACCUUACAAUACUAAAUCACUGACCACGAGGAGAUGAGAAGAAAGCGAUAAGAAAAGAGAUGACAACGAAUCUGGUAUCAUUUACUGUAACACUAGCUAUUUUCACGCAUGUUAGAAGAAUAAAAGGAAGGGAAAAUCUCAACACUGCUCCAAGAUAAGCUUCAGACUCUCCCAUCUCUCCGCAGCGAUAUCCACCAACUGCUUUAGCUCCCUCCCAUCCACCGCCCACCCACCAUUCUUCUCCAUCUUGACAAUCACCGUCUUCCCCAUCUCCCGGUCCACCACCAAACACACGCGCUCCUGACUCAACCCCUCCUCAUACCCAUCAGGAUCCGCCAAAAUCCAUCGCCGCUGCAUACCCCUCCGCUGAUCCUCCUCAAUCUUCUUCUCCUCCUCAGCAUCCGGC